AGCACAGGGCCAUGGCCGAGGCGGCCCCGGCUCCGGUGAGGGCGGCCCGCGCGCGCACGGACGCGCGGCCCCGGGCCCCCGGGGACGGCCUGCGUGUCCCGGGCUCGGCGUCCCGGCCUGGGGUCUCGGCCCAGCAGCUGGACAUGGAGAAGCAACGCUCGUCCCCACUGUCAUUCCCCAGUCUGCCACCAGAAGAACCUCUACGUCAGGCCCCUGCUGGACUCUCCCGAGAAACACUGUUCCAAUCCCGCCUUCUCCCCCCGAAAGAAACCCCGCCUUUGUCUCCCACUGUCACCCGGCAAGGUGCCCUACCCCAGACUUCCGGUGUUGCCAAGCAAGAGACUUCUGGCCGGAUACCACCUGUUCACCAGAAGGGACCUGCACUCCUGUGCCCUGCCACGUCUGAGCAUGAGCCUCCCCUGCAGGGGUCCCUGGCUGCCCAGGACGAGACCCAGUAUCCUCCCCCAGCUGCCACGGAGCAGGACAUCUCCCUGCUGUCUCACUCCACUCACCAUUCAGAAGCCCCUCUCUCCUCCCCUGAAGCUCCUGAGAAAGACCACCUGACACUCUCCCCGACAGCCCCCGAGACUGACAUGGACCCUCUGCUGCACAGCCCAGCUUCCCAAAAGGACGCCCCCUUCCAGCUCUCUUCAGCAGCCCAGAAGGAGCAGCCACUGCCCACAGCGGAGAUCACCCGCUUGGCCGUGUGGGCUGCCGUCCAAGCGGUCGAGAGAAAACUGGAGGCCCAGGCCAUGAGGCUGCUGACCCUGGAGGGCCGGACAGGGACGAACGAAAAGAAGAUAGCCGACUGUGAGAAGACAGCUGUGGAGUUUGCAAACCACCUGGAGAGCAAGUGGGUCGUCCUGGGCACACUGCUGCAGGAGUACGGGCUGCUGCAGCGGCGCCUGGAGAACAUGGAGAACCUGCUCAAAAACAGAAACUUCUGGAUCCUGAGGCUGCCCCCAGGCAGCAAUGGAGAAGUUCCCAAGGUCCCUGUGACAUUCGAUGACGUCGCUGUCCAUUUCUCGGAGCAAGAGUGGGGAAACCUGUCCGAGUGGCAGAAGGAGCUCUACAAGAACGUGAUGAGGGGCAACUACGAAUCUCUAGUCUCCAUGGACUAUGCAAUAUCCAAACCAGACCUCAUGUCACAGAUGGAGCGCGGGGAGAGGCCAACCGUGCAGGAGCAGGAAGACUCCGAGGAGGGCGAGACGCCUACAGAUCCCAGUACUGCACACGAUGGCAUCGUGAUUAAGAUCGAAGUGCAGACCAACGACGAGGACCCCGAGAGCCUGGAGACGCCGGAGCCCCUGACGGGACAAGUAGAGGAACACGGCUUUCCGGACUCGGAGCUGGGGGACCCCUGCGGGGAGCAGCCGGACCUGGACAUGGCAGAGCAGGAGAACACGCUGGAGGAGUCCACAGAAGGCUCGGGCGAGUUCAGCGAGCUCAAGCAGAUGCUGGUGCAGCAGAGAAACUGUGCAGAAGGCAUUGUGAUCAAGACUGAGGAACAGGAAGAGGAGGAGGAAGAGGAGGAGGAGGACGAGCUCCCCCAGCACCUCCAGUCCCUGGGCCAGCUGUCGGGAAGAUACGACGCCAGCCUGUAUCAGACCCCGCUGCCUGGGGAGAUGUCCCCAGAAGGCGAGGAGAGCCCCCCGCCCCUGCCGCUGGGCAACCCCGCAGUGAAGAGGCUGGCGCCUUCGGUGCGUGGCGAGCGGCACCACAAUGACAACCGCGGGUCAUCGAGUCAGCAGCAGCGGAACCGGCGCGGAGAGCGGCCCUUCACGUGCAUGGAGUGCGGCAAGAGCUUCCGGCUCAAGAUCAACCUCAUCAUCCACCAGCGCAACCACAUCAAGGAGGGGCCCUACGAGUGCGCCGAGUGCGAGAUCAGCUUCCGGCACAAGCAGCAGCUCACGCUGCACCAGCGCAUCCACCGCGUGCGCGGGGGCUACGGCUCGCCCGAGCGCGGGCCCUCCUUCAACCCCAAGCACGCGCUCAAGCCGCGCCCCAAGUCGCCCAGCUCCGUCAGCGGCGGUGGCGGCCCCAAGCCCUACAAGUGCGCCGAGUGCGACAGCAGCUUCAGCCACAAGUCGAGCCUGACCAAGCACCAGAUCACUCACACGGGCGAGCGGCCCUACACGUGCCCAGAGUGCAAGAAGAGCUUCCGCCUCCACAUCAGCCUGGUGAUCCACCAGCGUGUGCACGCCGGAAAGCACGAGGUCUCCUUCAUCUGCAGCCUGUGCGGCAAGAGCUUCAGCCGCCCGUCGCACCUGCUGCGCCACCAGCGGACUCACACGGGCGAGCGGCCCUUCAAGUGCCCCGAGUGCGAGAAAAGCUUCAGCGAGAAGUCCAAGCUCACCAACCACUGCCGGGUGCACUCGCGCGAGAGGCCGCACGCCUGUCCGGAGUGCGGCAAGAGCUUCAUCCGCAAGCAUCACCUGCUGGAGCACCGGCGCAUCCACACGGGCGAGCGGCCCUACCACUGCGCCGAGUGCGGCAAGCGCUUCACGCAGAAGCACCACCUCUUGGAGCACCAACGCGCGCACACGGGCGAGCGGCCCUACCCCUGUACGCACUGCGCCAAGUGCUUCCGCUACAAGCAGUCGCUCAAGUACCACCUGCGGACCCACACGGGCGAGUGAGCCAGCGCCCCGCCGCCGCCACCCAGCGGCCAGGUGCGUGUGCCCGGGCCCCCGUCUCGGACACUGGAGAGCGUGUGCCGGGCCCUGACCCAGCUGGCGGAGGCGGGGCGCCCUGGAGUCUUGCUGUGAGCCCCCCACCCUCCUUUCAUCCCUUCUCCCAAGGACCUGGAGGUAGUGACACCAGGUCGCUUGCUGCCGUGUUUCCCCCGGGGGCUCCAGGGGCGG